AUGAGGGCUCAAGUUACAUUCUCUUUCCCCUCUGGGCUUUUCUUUUCUCUCUUCAUACUUUCUUUUUUCAAAAACUUUAUUACUUUCUUCAAUCUCUUCUUUCUUUCUUUCUUGUUCUCGUUCGAUCUUUCUUUCUCCAAAUCUCCCUUGCUUCGUUCUUUCUCUUUUUUUUUUCAACUGCUUCUUUUUCAUCAUUAUUUCUUAAAUAAAAUUUUUCUCAUUCUUUUUUUUCAUAUUUCUUUCUUUCUUUCUUUCUUCCAUUCCUUCUUUUAUCUCUUCUUUCCUUUUGCGAUCUCUACCCUUUUUCUUUGUUCCUUUUUUAUUUAUCUAUCACCCUUUCUUUCUGUCUUUCUUUCUAUGUCGUAUCUCGUUCACUUAGCAUCUAAGCAUCUAUCUAUCUGCAUUAGUAUCUAUCUCAUUUUGAUACUACCUCUCUAUCUAUUAGCAUUUAUCUAUCAUAACAUGCUUUCUCAUAACGUGCUUUCUAUCUAUCUAUCUAUCUAUCUAUCUAGCAUAACGUGCUUUCUAUCUAUCUAUCUAUCUAGCAUAACGUACUUUCUUUCUAUCUAUCUAUCUAGCAUAACGUACUUUCUAUCUAUCUAUCUAUCUAUCUAG